AAUUAACAAAGCCCAACUUGUUAUAGCUAGCUUGGUUCAAGGUAUCGAUAUCAUAGCAUUAUUAUAGAGGUUUACCUUCACAUUCAUUGUCCACUACCAUUAGAGACUUUCAAAAGUCAAUUAACAAUGGAGAUUAAACUAAUCUACUCUGUAUUAAUACAAACUCUUAUGGCCACUAAUUAACCUCUCUAAAGUAUGGAAUAUACCAUCCAUUGUAUGAUCCCACGCUCAUUAACAAAAGAUGUCAACACAAAGCAUGCAUGUGCUCACGUGAUAUCUCGUGAACAAGGCAUCAUUCCAUAGCUAAUUAAGCUAAUGAGCUCAGCGUUAAGAUUAAGCAACUGGCCUCCAAAGCCGGCCAAAUUUGCUUGCAACCCACCAGCUUUUCGACACCUGGAAGCUUUGCCUUUAGAGAGAGGAAGUAACGGCGGCCGCCCAUUGACCACAAAAUGUGUAAAAAAUAAAGUUGAAUGAAGAAAGCAAUGUUUCUUGCUUUAAAGCCAAACGUCCCAAGCCAACCACAUAACUGUUUUUAUAGGUGCUAUAUAUAGAAGCUUGCAAUAGCUAGCUACCAUAACAAACAAUUCAGCUUAAUACACAUCCUUUAAAUCUUUUACCCCCCCAUUCUCUCCAAAAUGGACUGGACUAGAGGCCAAACCAUUGGCCGUGGCUCAUCAGCCACCGUCUCGAUGGCCAGGGCCAACCAAUCCGGUAAAGUCUUUGCGGUGAAGUCAGCUGAGCUAUCAAAAUCGGAGUCUCUUCAAAAGGAGCAAAUUGUUCUUUCAACAUUAAGGUGUCCGCAAAUUGUAGCAUAUAAGGGGUGCGACAUUACUAAUGAAAAUGGUAAGGUCUUGUACAAUCUUUUCUUGGAGUAUGCAUCCGGUGGCACGCUUAUCGAUGCAAUUCGGGAGGGUGGAGGUUGUCUUGACGAGGACAUGAUCCGAUUGUAUGCUCGGACAAUUUUGCUCGGCCUCGAGUAUCUUCAUUGUAAUGGCAUAGUGCAUUGUGACAUCAAGGGUCACAAUAUUUUGGUCACUAGUGAUGGGGCAAAAAUUGCUGACUUGGGUUGUGCUAAGCGGGUUGAUGAGGUGUCAGAAGCAGAUUGGGGCACGACAACAACAAUUGCAGGCACACCACUUUACAUGGCACCUGAAGUGGCGCGUGCUGAGCACCAAGGGUUCCCUGCUGAUAUAUGGGCUGUUGGGUGUACCAUUGUCGAGAUGGCCACCGGACAGGCUCCAUGGGUGAAUGUCUCAGACCCAGUUUCAGCUCUUUACCAGAUUGGGUUUUCGGGCAACGCGCCAGAGAUUCCAAGCUUCAUGUCUAAGCAAGCAAGAGACUUUUUGAGCAAGUGCUUGAAGAGGGACCCAAUGGAAAGGUGGUCAGCCAGUGAAUUACUUAAACAUGAUUUUAUUAUUGAAGAGCCAAAUCUUAUUUUAAAGGAAAACAAUAGCUCAAAAGCGGACACUCCAACAUGUGUUCUGGAUCAAGUCUUGUGGGACUCAAUGGAGAAGUUAGAGACAACUUGGGAUUCGACCCAUAAUACUUCUCUGGUCUCUCCAAACGAAAGAAUCAAGCAAUUGACUGAAGGCAAUGGAAAAGCACACAGCUGGUCGACAUGGGGUGAUGCUUGGGUCACAAUAAGAAGCAACAAAAGUAGCAAGGAACAAGAAAUGGUUUCUUGCAGUGAGGAUUAUAACAUGGCAUAUGCCAAUGGAUCCAUUGAAAAUAGUGGGGCGGAGAUAGCUUCGCUUAGCAUGGAAUAUAACUUUGUCGUUCUUAACGAGCCCACAAGUAUUAGUGGGAAUAAUACAUGUAAUAACACUAGCAGUGGUGGUAGCUGUCGUGAUGACGGAAGGCAUAAAAUAUUGUUGAUGCCUUGUGAAGGUAGAAAAGAUGCUUUAUGUAAGCAAUUCGAAUUUUGUGAAGGAAAUAAAGUUCUGUUUUCCACAUCGCAAUGCUUAGCUUGCUUAUCUUCAUAUACUGUAGCCAUGGCUGUUUCAAAUUACAUAUCUGGUCAUAAUUAGAAACCUGCUGGAUAUUAGGUCCAAACUAGUUAAUCAGGCUUGUGACUGGAAAUAAGAAGCCAAUUGGACCAAAUCUUAACUAACCAAAUUGUGUUAUCAGGCCACUUAACACCAGCCUCCAAACCACAGCCUGUCAAUUGAUAUGGUAUACUUUUAAAACCUAA